UUCAAAAGACGAAACAGCUUCUACUUUUCAUUCUUCAUUUCUUCCUCUUCUUCCUUGUUGUGGUUCAUCAAACUUUGCCACACACAGGGAAGCCUAGAAAAAAAGGGCUGAUGGACUGUUCAAUUUGCACAUCAAUGCCAGUUAUAUUAAGGCCUCCAAGGAAUACAAUAUGUGGGGCUUGCUAUGAGGGAGCUAGGAGCAUAAUCAACCUGAUAAACAAGCUUGAAAGUGAAAAGGCAAGGAAUGGUCCCCCAAAUUCGUGUAAGACACUCCUAGAUGUUUCAAGAUGGGUAUGUGAUAUGAAGGAUAGGGAAAAUGUACAGAAAGAGGAGGUAAGCUUUCUUAAGGGGGGUUUCUUUACUGCGCUUAAAGAUCAAAUGCACACUGAUAUGGAACUCAAGCCAGGCAAUAAUGGGCCUUCCAUACCUGCACAUAGGGCCUUACUGGCAACAAGAUCACAAAUAUUUAAGAAUAUGCUAGACUCAGAUGUAUGUAAAGCGCCACCAAAGGACAAUAUAAUUACAUUGUCUGAGUUGAACCAUGAAGAGCUGGAGUCUCUUCUGCAAUUCCUCUACACUGGGAGCUUGCCUGAAGAGAAAAUGGAGAAGCAUGUCUACUCACUAUCACUAGCAGCCGAUAAGUACGAAAUCCCAUACUUACAGAAGUUUUGUGAGCGACACAUGCUAAGGUCUUUGAAGUCAUCCAAUGCUCUUAAUGUACUAGAUAUCUCAGAUGUUUGUUCCUACCUAUCUUUGAAAGAGACAGCUUUAAAAUUCAUUGUCAAAAACAUUGAGGAUAUAGCCUUCUCAGAUAGAUAUGAUGAAUUUGCACUCAAGAAUCCACAUCUUUGUGUCCAGAUUACAAGGGCAUCGUUGAUGGAAGCCAGGAAAAAUUGAGUUCAUUGUAAGGGCAUAAUGUGCAUACUUUUUUCCAGGCAAAAAUAGCUAGGUUAUGCAUGGAGCUGUUGAAAUUUCUUUAUAAAAUCAACUUACAUAUUGAACAAGUAGUCAAGCACCAUAAGGGAUUCUUUGUAGAUGAGAUUUAUAUAAACUAUUAGUAAAUUUGUAUUGGUUUUUUAUA